AUGGCUGCUCCGGGUCCUUACUCUGGUGUCAGCACCCUCGCUUUUGUGCGUACCCUCCUUCUACUCCUGUUAAAGAAAACUUUUCCCCGUCACUUGUGUUCUACCCGCAUUGAUCCGCGAUUUGGCGCUGGCAGGUAGCUCGUGCUUCAGCCCUUACCGUCGGGUUGGUCUACGGAAGCUUUAAGCUAUCGUAUCUCAAGGUAGUUUUCCCCCUUCCCCUAAUGCCAUCUGUCUUUGGCCGUCUCAGCCUUUCGCCAGUAGAUCUACUCGAGUUCCACGGCAUCCGGUUAGAAGUCAUGUAUUGAUUCGUUUCGAUUGGGUAGAUAAAGAUACGUCUUGGUUUGUCGCGGCGACUAUCUCUUUGAGAAUUGAAUUUUAGCCAUUUCCGAACCCCAGUGCAUAAUAUUAGUUUCCCUUUUUGUAAAAGAGUGACUACCUGCAGAUGAAAAUCACGCUGAGCGAUCUGCAGUAGCUAUUAAAUCGAUCGGUAGAUGGAAACUUAGAGUGAUUGGGCUCUCUUUCUUGGCUUAUUACAUUUUUUUUGUUCCGCACCUUUAACAACGGCUCACAGUAAAACCUUACACGUGACCGAUCGAAGGCUGGAUUCCAUCAUCCCUCGAGAUCUUUAACCGAUUCAUCAAGGGAAUAUAUAAUUUUAUUUCUGAUAAUGAUUUCGUGAAGCAAUAGCAAUAGGAAAUGUCUUCAGGUUCUGACAAUGUAUAUAUAAUUUAUUUCAUAUGAAUAUCCCUUAUGAUAAUCGAUGACAACUUUGUUAAGCGAAUGUAAUUGUCCCUUUUAUUUUCGUUUAUUGCAUGUUUUAUCUGUAAUUGUUCUCUCCCAAAUGCGGUGGUCAUCUAGAUUUUUCUAUUUCUUGGAUGAUUAUGAACGGGGAAGAAGAUCUUUAACACAUUGUAAAAUGUAGGUGCCCAGAUGUGCAGCAAACGUUUCUAUUCAUGAAGUGCGUGCUUCUGCAUAUUUCGUUGGGUUUAUUACAUUAUACUUCCUCAAAGAAUUAAACUCAGCUCUAUUGAUAAAUAUCUAUGCUGGAUCUCAAAGAAGAUUGCUUUCGUCUUUUGGCUGGGCUUCGUUCAUUGUUCUUGCGUUUUCGUGGUUUGCAUUUUAAUUAAUUUCCAACAUGCUUUACGGUUUUGAUAGAGUUUUGUGCAUCUUAUCUUGUAUUCUCGGCUCAAAGUACAAAUUCAUUUUAGCAUUUGACAACCUGGUAUUGCCCUGGAACCUGUGCAAUAUCUUUUUUGAAUUUAUCCACCAAGAUUUAAUCAAAGUACAGAUUUUUUUUUUGUAUUUUUUUAACAAGAAAAAAAUCGAAAAGGAGAAGUGGGAUUCUAUCACGUCUCCUGGAGAAGUCCGACUUCAGAUUUUCCUCUGCAUAAGGUCAAGGUUCUAUAAGGAUUUGGAGUUUCUUAGUUUCAUUUAUGGGCUUCAUCAUUCUGAGUAAAACUCUUCGCCAUUACUCAUCUUUUAUCACUCCUGAAGAAUGAGGGCCAGUUAAAAGGUUUAGCAUCAUUGAAACUUUUAAGGUUAUUCCCUGGUAACUUAACACAGAUUUUGGUCUUGGGAGCUAUGGGCACAUGUCUUUGUUUUGUCAAUCUCUAAAUGCCAAUGGGGCAGAUUCUGGUUGACCCUCGUGCAUUCCAUGUACGAUUGAGUCAUACCUCCUGGGCAUAAGAAAAUAGGGGAUUUCUUUCGAAGCCAGUGAACCAUUAGUUUAGGAACCAAAGUAACCGUCUGUGCAUGCGUAGAUAUAUCGAUAGCUAUUCUUUUCUGGAUGCUUGGCUGCUAACACAGAUACCCUUUUUUUUUUCACGCAGGCCAAGGCAAAGUCCCAGGCAAAAGAGGAGGCAAAGGGCCACCACUAA